AUGCUCUUUGCAUUUCGACUUCCAAAAUCUGCAUCGCCAACACCGGCGACUACAAAGGAAAAGUUCCUGCAGAUGGAUAUUCCUGGAGCUGUACUUAUCUGCGCCAUCAUUGUUUGCCUUACGCUUGCUUUAAGAUGGGCUGGCGUAGAGAAGGCGUGGGCGGAUCAAGACGUCGUGGGUACCUUGGUCGCCACACCGAUUUUUCUUGUUUUAUUCGCCAUUGAUCAAUGGUUUCAAGGAGAGAGGGUACUUAUCAUGCCGAGUUUCCUGAAGAAUCGGGUCUUACUCGUCAGUGCCGUUUUUGAGUUCUUGUAA